GUGCCUUGACCCAAGCCAUUCGCAAUUUUGCAAAAAGCCUUGAAGGUUGGCUUUCCAGUGCCAUGAACAAUAUUCCACAGAGAAUGACACAAACCAAGGUUGCUGCUGUAAGUGCCUUUGCCCAGACUCUGCGAAGAUACACAUCUCUUAAUCACCUGGCUCAGGCAGCUCGUGCUGUGCUUCAAAACACUUCUCAGAUCAACCAGAUGCUCAAUGAUCUCAACCGUGUUGAUUUUGCCAAUGUCCAGGAGCAGGCUUCCUGGGUGUGCCAGUGUGAUGACAACAUGGUUCAGAGACUAGAAACAGACUUCAAGAUGACUCUUCAGCAGCAGAGCACUCUGGAGCAGUGGGCUGCCUGGCUCGAUAAUGUAAUGAUGCAAGCAUUGAAACCAUAUGAAGGAAGACCCAGCUUUCCUAAAGCAGCACGGCAAUUUCUCUUAAAAUGGUCUUUCUACAGCUCAAUGGUGAUUCGAGAUUUAACCUUACGCAGUGCUGCUAGCUUUGGCUCUUUUCAUCUGAUCCGCUUGCUUUAUGAUGAGUACAUGUUUUACUUAGUAGAACAUCGUGUUGCUCAGGCAACAGGAGAGACACCUAUCGCAGUUAUGGGAGAGUUUGGUGAUUUAAAUGCUGCGUCCCCUGGAAAUAUGGAUAAGGAUGAGGGCAGUGAAGUUGAAAGUGAAAUAGAAGAAGAGCUGGAUGAAAUUGGAGAGCCACAAGCCAAGAGGGAGAAAACAGAGCUAAAUCAGGCAUUUCAGGUGGGCUGCAUGCAGCCAGUACUUGAGAGUGGAGUACAGCAGAACCUCCUGAACCCACUUCAUAAUGAGCACAUUGUCACAAGUACACAGACUAUCAGACAAUGCAGUGCUACUGGAAAUACGUAUACUGCCGUCUAAUAUUGAAGGCUCACCCCCAACUACAUUAGCCCUGUUGAUGUUGGGCUUAAUGUGGGAGAAAAAGAGAAUAGAUCUGAAGGUUGACUUAUCAAAUUUUAGCUAUGCUGAAAAUUACCUUUUAUUGGAGUUGUGAAAUGGAAUGGGUGUAUGUAUUUUGCCAGAUGUUUAAAAAAAAUUUUUGUAAGCAAAGUCAUUUUGUGUUGGCCAGUCAAUAUUAAGAGAUUUCCUAGUUUCAAGUGUCAAGGAAGA